AUGCCCCGCCUCCAUCUCGUGCAAGAAUUGCCUGUGGGUUCGUCCAGGCGGGACCAGGAUCUGAAGGGCUCCAAGGCCCACGCCUCACGGCACGUCCAUGGCUUGUCAGAAUCAUCACCACCCGGCGUAUCGACCUCAGUGUCCGCCGAGCUCAAGGUCCACUCCCGCACGGCAGAAGCACAGGUCGAACAGAUGCCGAGUGGCACGAUCGUCACGCCCUCUGACAUGUUUCGGACCAAGCCGCGGCGAUUUCCAGGGUUUCUGGGAGGUACGCCAGACGAAGUAAACCCCAAAGGACGUGUCGAAGAUGGCGUGGCGAGCGCAGAGGCGGUGACGACGAUGAUGGCGAAGCUGGAGAGUUGA